GAUGAAUUGCAGUAAUGUAAAAUUUAGUUGUACCUUUAAAAAGUCUGUCCCAGUUGUAAUCUGUCAGAUGUUAGAUUACGUCCAAGGCUAGACAUUUUAAAUCAGAUUAUACUACAGUAAUGCGCAAAGUAGGAUAAAAUAUUUUUUAAAGGAAAAAUCCACACCCUUAAUGUAUUCCCUCAACAUUGUACAAAUAAUGCAUGCUGUUAAAUGAAUCUCACAAGGACUUGGCAUAUAUAAACUCAAUAUGAGAUUAUAUUGUCAGUGUAAAUCACAUCAUGAGUAAAUUGGCCUAUGACUGUACUUCCUGGGGGUGAAGGGAAACAUUUGAGCUUGUGCUCAUGUACUCACUAACUUCCUUUGUGAAUGUGAUGCGAGUGCUCUAUCAGCAGCACAUGUUCAGUGUCAACUGAAUAGAAAUUGUUCUGUCUGAAAAGUUUUUAUUUUUUAUUCUAAAAACCUUUUACGUCUUCUGUUUUGGAGGCUUGAGCAAAUAUGGGAAUAAUUGUAGAGGAUGGAGAGAUGGUAGGUGCCCCGGAUGGUGGCUGGGGCUGGAUCGUUUUGCUAGGAUGUUUUGUCGUCACUGGCUUCUCAUAUGCCUUCCCAAAAGCUAUAAGUGUGUAUUUCAAAGAACUGAUGAAGGACUUUGAUUGUGGAUACAGUGACACAGCCUGGAUUUCAUCUAUAAUAUUAGCAAUGCUGUAUGGUUCAGGACCAAUCGCCAGCAUCAUGGUAAAUAAAUUUGGAUGCCGGCGAGUCAUGUUGGUUGGAGGAUUGCUGGCCUCAGGAGGGAUGAUAAUUGCAUCUUUCACUACUAAUAUUAUCCAGCUUUACCUCACUGCAGGAGUCAUUACUGGUCUUGGAUUGGCAUUAAACUUCCAACCAUCACUGAUUAUGCUGGGGUCUUAUUUUGACAAACGCAGACCUCUUGCCAAUGGACUGGCGGCAGCCGGAAGCCCUGUAUUUCUGUCAGCUCUUUCUCCGUUAGGACAACUGCUGCUCAACCGCUAUGGAUGGAGAGGAGGCUUUCUCAUCACUGGUGGUCUUCUGCUCAAUUGUUGCACCUGUGGAGCAGUUAUGAGACCCCUGAAAUGCAAAGAAAGGAAAGUGAUAGCCUGUUCCCAAGAGCUCAAGGAAAUGCUCCCUCCUGAGGCUGGACAAGAGAAUAUUGUUUGUGAAAACAAUAAUGAUAAAAAGCCCAGUAAAAAGAAACUUUUGGACUUCAGUGUACUUGCUGACUUAGGGCUUAUUAUAUAUAUUAUUGCAAAAUUUAUAGUUGUACUCGGCCUAUUUGUUCCAACUAUUCUACUAGUCAACUACGCUAAGGACCAAGGAGUGCCUGACCAGGAUGCUGCCUUUUUGUUGUCUAUUAUAGGAUUUGUUGACAUCUUUGCUCGUCCCACGUGUGGCGUAGUGGCCGGUUUAAAAUGGAUCCGACCCAAGAUGCCUUAUUUCUUCAGCCUUGCCUUGCUCUUCAAUGGCCUAACAGAUGUUUGUUCAGCUACAAGCACAGACUAUAAGGGGCUGGUUAUAUUCUGUGUGUUCUUCGGGCUGUCUUAUGGCAUGGUGGGUGCUCUACAAUUUGAAGUGCUGAUGGGUAUUGUGGGAAAAAGCGGGUUUUCCAGUGCACUUGGCCUAGUGCUCCUUGUUGAGGCAGUGGCUGUACUGAUUGGACCUCCCUCUGCUGGUUAUUUGGUGGAUAAGUACAAGAACUAUGAACUGAUUUUUUACAUGGCUGGAGGAGAGCUGAUCACUGCUGGAAUAUUUCUUGCCCUAGCGUCGUUCUUCUUUAUUAGACGAAAGAAACACAAAGACAGACAGCAGAAACAUCAUGGUGAUGUGCCAAUCAAUAUUAAAACAUAAACAAUGGAGAAAGCUGAAAAGUGGGACACUUAUGUUCAAUUAACUGUUUUGUUUAGAUAUGUGUGUUAUUAAUAUAUUGUGUGUUAGUGUUUAGAUUUUCCUAAUUUCUAACACUUGCAUAUAAAUUACAUAAUGCCACAAUCAGCAAAACCACUUUUGAUCAUGCGGAUCAAGGAAGUCUAAGACAAUAAAAAGGAUUUUGAGUGCCA